AUGACGGUCAAAACAACCGUGAGACAUUUCUUCGAAAACAGCUCACAGUCAACUAGUCAUGCAGCCUCGAAUCAUUCCGACCAAGCUUGUGAAAUAAAAGCCGACUCCGCUCUAGAGGUUACAGCUAAAGCUCUGGCCUAUAUUUUCAUUUUCCUGAUUUCCUUUUUCGGAAAUAUCUUUCUUCUUGUGGUUAUUUACAAGAAAAAGCAGCUGCGAAGAUCCAUCAACUACUUCGUUUUCAACAUGGCUGUAUCCGACCUCUUCAACCCUUUGACCAUCAUGACUGUGAAGAUCGUUGAGAUCAUUUCAGGAUCGAGUUCUUGGAAAGUUGAUCGUCCAUGGCUGCUAGGAAACAUUCUAUGCAAACUUGCCUACUUUCUGCCAGAUGUUUCUGUCGUGGUUUCCAUCGGAAGCCUUCUUUUGAUCUCAAUAGACAGGCUCAUCGCUGUCGUCUUUCCACUGAAGGCCAAACUUAUCUCCUCAAAAGUACGAUUGAUCAGCAUUCUAAGCACGUGGUUUGUUGCCAUCGCCGUCCACGCACCUUAUUUCUACAGUUUCAAACUGAUCCUCCACGAAAAUAAAACGUAUUGUAAGUUGAAUUGGGGACCGGCAUUCGACCAUAUGAAAACGCACAGAGGAUUUGUUACGGCAACUUUUAUCACUUUCAUCCUCUUUCCCAUUUGUGUCCUGGCCGGUAUGUAUAGCAUAAUCGCAUGGACAAUAAGAAAAAAGAACAAAAAAACUAAAGAGAAAUUCUCCUGUCGCCAAAACCAUCGAGAUCAACAGCUGAGAAAAAUUGUCAGAUUGGCAAUGGCCAUUAUGAUUUCCUUCGUUUCCUGCAUGACUCCCCUGCUUAUCUAUUCAUUUCUUACAAAUUUUCUGUGGAAUUGGGAAUCCCCACCCAUUUGUGCAUUUCAGACAGUUCUCCUAUUUAUUUCUGUCUUUCUUUUGCAUUCGUGGAGUGCGGUAAAUCCCUGCAUUUGUUUUAUCUUUAGCAAGAACUACCGCAACGGCCUUAGGCAAUGUUUUCAUUGUAAUUGCCUCAAUCGCAGAAUAUCAGGUUUGCAAGACAAUUACCAAAUGCAAACGAUGCUCCCUUCCGACCCAUUCAAGUAGCAUACACAUAAUCUCAUACAGCAGAAAAACUUUAGCACUAUAUACAUAUACAUGUGUGUAUUUAAAUUCCCAUACUCAGAAAAUAGACAGGAUAAUCAUUGGAACACUGUGCAGUGUUCAAUUAAGGUCUAAGUGCCACACACUUAACCACAUGAACCAAAAGAACAUUUGCUCAUAUCGCGAUAUCUCUGUAACAUUUGCUCAUAUCGCGAUAUCUCUGUAACAUUUACUCGUAUCACGACAUAUCUGUUUUCUCAGUUUGAUGGUUUUCUAUUGCGUGAAUAAGAUUUAAUUGAUUGCGUAGAUCUUAUAUUUAAGGGCUAGGCUACAAUUUAAACACAUCCUACUUGCAUUUGUGGGCAGUUUUGUAUGGAUGAUCUAAGAAUCAUUUGCAUGUUAAAAAAACGUAGGCAUAUCGUUAUGGCGACUAUAAAUACAAAACGUCUCCUUAUGAAUAAAGUGUUAAAACCUAUGUUCAAGCAGCAUAUGGUAUAACUGAACCUUUUGGCUUCUUUCUUAACUGACCUUCCUAUAGCUUUUUGCGUAAAAAAAAGAUCUAAUUUAAUUUGACUUAUUCCCUAACUUUCGCGGAAUGAAAUUUUUUUCAUUACAGGGUUUCAUUUUCUUACUCCUUAUCUUAUCAGCAGCUGGUAUUUUCGAUUCAGUCUGACAGUUUAUGCGACACUCUUUACCAUAUUCGUCGCCGUUAACUUCUUUCACGACCCAACGUGUACUGCAUGUAUCAGUUGAUUUCGUGCAGGUCCAUAUCACGCCUCCAAAACUAUUAUUGCACAAGUGAUAAUACUCUUCAAAGGAAGGAAGAAGCGUAAACAUCACAUGACUUUUGCCAAACGCAUGUUCAUGUUGUUCAAUGUUUUUUAAUUUUCUCGGCUACUAAUUACCGAUCAUUUCUUUCACAUGACAUGCACAGCACCUGAGGCUACGAAUGCAAAGAGAGUGUCGAUGCCUAUUUUUUUCUCUCUCUUUCUUUCUUUUGUUUACUCUUCCAUUUUUCACUAUUUAUUCAAAGGCUUCUUCCUUCCCUGUUUCUUUAAUGAGACUUCAUAUUUCUCUUUUCCGUCAUCUAAAAUUUUCUACUCUAGUCGAGAGCAUGUUACGUAACUAUCCCCACAGAUGCCUCUUCCCUAUGAUAAUGAGCGUUUGUAACAGGACAAAAUAAGAAUUCGGAUUCUUUGAGCUGAUUCUUGUUUGGAUAGGUUAGUAAAUGUGUAGACAAUGACACGUUGCAUUAAUCAUCAUGCUAUUCCAUUUUUUAUAUCUCGAUCCUGUCAUUCCGUUUAGAACAUUUUUAAAUGUUAACACACUUAAUUUAAGAGAUUAAGAGGCUUUAUUACCUCGUAUUCUCAAAGUAACAAACUGCGUCUAUUUUUGUUUUCCAAUAGCACAGCACAAGGGAGAUGUCGGCAAGCGGCAUAAAAUUUCGAUCAUAUCGGUGCGGUGGGAGUCCUUUCUAUCAGUGCUAUAAAUAGAAAUGACUGAUACCACAACAACAACAAUAAUAAUAAGGAUUUUAAUUUGUUCGUAGUGUGCGUUUCUCGACAAUGAAGCACGCGUGCACAAUAGAAAUAUGAAGCACGCUCGCGCAAUGGAUUUUGAUUCGACAAACUUACUAGCCAUUUUAUGUUGUAUGAUCACCUGUUUUCUUCGCGCUCUUCUCUUAAUUAUAUGAUUGUUUGCAUUGGUUCGUUUUGACCUUGGUUUCAUGAAUAACAUGAAUCUGCGCAUUAACUAGGACCGAGACCACGAAAUAAAAUCCCGCAAGUUUUAAACACUGGCUCCUUAGAAUAAUGCCCCUACAAUGGCCCUAUGCCACCGAAUUUUUGUUCAAAUGUCUAUACCUCGGUAGAAUUUUUAAAUCAACAAAAAUAAAGCGCCAGAGCACCUAACAGGACAUUUUCAAAAUCAUUAUUAUCAUCAUUAAUCAUUAUAUUUUUUUUAUUGGUUUUUACAACCGAUAUUCCAACUCAAACUUUGAGAGAAAAAAUAAAAAAUUAAACAAAGCAAUGAGCAUGACAUGUAAUUCUUUCAAUUUUUAUGCGUUCCUAAGCUGAGGAUUUCCGACUUGAGAAAGAUCAAAACAAUUAACAGUACUACUUUAGGAAAAACACGGUCUCCUUGACACAUUAUAUCUUAAUAGCCUUUAAUUAGUUUUUCUAUUUGCUUCCCUUUCAUUUACUUUUGUGUUAUUCUAAUGGAAAGUCGUUAUUGUAUGUCGUGGGACGACAAUUUCGCCUUUAGUCCACUGCCAAUUCCAAAAUUAUCGCAAAUAAGUGAAAGCAGGGUUAUUAAAUUAAAAAACAAAUGCCCAAUGCAAGUUGUUCUUUUUAACGAGGAAGUUCACUUUUAAUGUCAAUAUUGAUUACCUUGUCAUGUCAUCCACACCUAUUUGUAUUCAUCGUUUGAUCAUGAAAUUAACUUCAAGACAAACACUUUUUAGAUAAAUAGGACCCAUCCUUAACACUAAGGUCAAACAAAACAGUGACUACAAUUAAGUUCAGCGUUGAUGCUAAAACAAACCAUCCUAAAUAUAACUUUUGGAUAGCCCACUCACGGAUUGACGAGUAUUAAGAGAAAUAAUGACUGUCAACACAACCGUGAGGCAUUUCUUCGAAAACAGUUCACAGACAACGAACCAUACGGUAUCAAGUAACUCCGACCAAGCUUGUGAAAUAAAAGCCGACUCCGCUGUAGAGGUCACAGCUAAAGCACUGGCUUUUAUUUUCAUUUUCCUGGUUUCGUUUAUCGGAAAUAUCUUUAUUCUUGUGGUCAUUUACAAGAACAAGCAGCUACGAAGAUCCAUCAACUGCUUCGUUUUCAACAUGGCUGUAUCUGACCAAGGGAUCCCUUUGACCUGCAUGACCGUGAUGAUCGUUGAGAUCAUUUCAGGAUCGAGUUCCUGGAAAGUUGAUCGUCCGUGGCUGCUGGGAAACAUUCUAUGCAAACUUGCCUACUUUCUCUCAGAUGUUUCUUUUGUGGUUUCCAUCGGAAGCCUUCUUUUGAUCUCGAUGGACAGGCUCAUCGCUGUCGUCUUUCCACUGAUGGCCAAACUUAUCUCCUCAAAAGUACGAUUGAUCAGCAUUCUAAGCACGUGGCUUGUCGCCAUCGCCGUCCACGCACCUUAUUUCUACAGCUUCAAACUGAUUCCCUACGAAAAUUAGACGUAUUGUUUGUUGAACUGGGGACCGGCAUUCGACCACAAGAAAACGCACAGAGGAUUUGUUACGGCAACUUUCAUCGCUUUCAUCCCUAUUCCCAUUUGUUUCCUGGCCGUUGUGUAUAGCAUUACCAAAUGGAAAAUAAGAAAAAAGAACGAGAAAAGUAAAGAGCGAUUUUCUUGUCUCCAAAACCGUCGAGAUCAGCAGCUGAGGAAAAUUGUCAGGUUGGCAAUGGCCAUCAUGAUAUCCUUUGUUUCCUGCAUGAUUCCCUUGAUUGUAAUUUUUCUGUGGAAUGCCAUAGAACAGCCAUCCUUUUGUGUACUUCAAAGAGUUUUCCCAUUUAUUUCUGUCUUUAUUCUGUAUUCGUGGAGUGCGUUAAAUCCCUGCAUUUGUUUUAUCUUUAGCAAGAACUAUCGCGACGGCCUUAAGCAAUGCUUUCAUUGCAAUGGCUAA